AUGAAGACCGCCAUCGUCCUUGCCGCUGCCGCCGCUCUCGUCGCCGCCGAGCCGCAGCACGCCAUGCCCUCGGGCACCAAGAUCAACUGCGCCAAGGCCAACGCCAACUACUGCAUGGGCGGCGACAUCAUCCUCCGCUGCGGGCCCGACGCCACCGGCGAGCCUGCCCGCUGCUCCGCCAACGUCUCCGGCUACCCGCCCGCCGGCGGCAUUGCCGAGUGCUGGCAGAGCUCUCGCGACGCCGGCGACGCUGCCUGUCAGAAGAACUGCGUCGUCUACGCCGAGAAGCCCUUCACCUUGCCUGCCGACCAGUGCACGCCUUCGGCCACCCAGACCGGCCAGCCUACCAGCACCGGCUCCAGCACCGCUCCCACCUCGACCAGCAGUGGAAGCGGCUCUUCUACCUCCUCGACCAGCACCGGAGGCAGCGGCUCCUCCUCGACCAGCGGCAGUAGCAGUAGCAGCAGCGCGACCGGCACUUCCUCGACCGGCUCCCAGAGCUCCUCCACCACCGGCACCACCAGCAGCCACAGCAGCUCCGUCACCACGCUCUCCCCCCCUCCCACUGGCGGUAGCACCAUCACCACGCGCACCGGCGGUAACAGCACCGUGACCACCCCGGCUAUCCCCGGGUCGAGCAGCGACAGCGGCAGCACCAUCACCCUGACCACGACCGCCGGCUCCAAGCCCACCAGCUCUGCCCCUCCCAACUCCAACGACGGCGUGGCCAACAACGCCAUGGGUGGCCUCUUGGUUCUGGGCCUGGCUGCGGCUGCUCUCUUCUAA